AUGGAUGAUCAAUACACCGAAAUACGCUAUGGAUGGACGGCAAACCGGAUACUCUAUGGUAAUGAAACAGGAAUUCGAUAUUUUGCACACUGGACUGCUGACAACGGACAAAGGACGGGUUGCUAUAAUAUGAUGUGCCCUGGUUUUGUUCAAGCCCACCCACGAUAUCCUCUUGAUAAUGGCAUCUCAAAAACCUCGGAUGUUGAAGCAAAGAAAUGGUGGUUAGUAAGACACGGCAACAUAGUUAUUGGAUAUUGGCCGGCAGAACUUUUCCCCCUAAUUGGUAACGAUGGAGCAGAACGUAUUUAUUGGGGUGGACACUCGAGAGAUAAUGGAGAUGGACAUGGUCCUCAGAUGGGAAGUGGAUAUUUUCCGGAUAAAAAUUAUCAUCAUGCUGCUUGGUUUAAACACAUGAAAUAUUAUGAUGAUGAAUCGCUUACAUUUGUAGAUCCUGAUGAAAAUCUCAUGGAGAGAAUUAUCGGGUGCCAGCGACAUUAUGACGUGUGGUAUUUCGGGCUUCAAGGGGAAAGGGGUCAUACCCUCCAGUUUGGAGGACCUGGUGGCAAAUGUUAA